GCCUAGCAUGAUAUAUCAAACACAUAAUUCACCUUCUUGAGCUUACGGUGACUGGUCAACAAGUACCAAAUCAAUUUCUAUCGCUUGAUUCUUACCUACCAUCCACUUUCUCGAGGUCGACAUGAACAAACGACAUCCAGCGGCUAGCGCGACUCGGGAGAUGUUCCUCAGUGCUGUGGGACUUCGGACUAGUGAUAAAAGUGAUAUGGUCACCUACAACAUUAUGUUGGCAGAGGCUGCUGCAGGUAGAGACAGACUUAGCCAGGGUAUCGCCCGUCCCACCUGGGACUCCAUACCAGAGACCGACAAAUACAAUCAGAUCGCCAUCAUCUUUGAACGAUCUGAUCCAUACGUACGAUACUACUACCAGAUAGGUGCUUAUGAAGAUGGACCAAAUAAAGAGAAUUGGGUCAUUCGUUGGCUUCUGUGGCAUUCUUUUCGUUAUAGGGACAACCGCAACCGAAAGGGCCAAGCGAGUGCUGUUCCAUCUGUUUACUGGGACCCCGUACGUGAUGUUUGA